CCAAAACAUUUUUUUUUCACUAGGCCCAGGGUUUAGACUUUUCAAGUCCUUUCUCCUCCCCAUUUCCAUCAAAAGGCCGCCGUUAAGUUAUCGCCGAUGUCGACGGCGCCGCCGAUUUCCGCCGACCGGGUACAGAAAUUCAUCGAAGACCUUGAAGCCCAAAAGAAAAUCGUAUCCAAAUGCACCGAAUUAUUCACAACCCUAACCAAUCAUUUCACUUCCCUCCAAAAUUCCCUUUCCCAAAAAUCCCAAUCCCUCGAUGCCAAAUUCUUAUCCCUUUCUUCCAAAUUCUCCCAAAGUCUCGAUUCCCUUUCUCAACGUGAAUCUUGCCUCCCCGACCGUGAAUCCGCCGCCGCUGCCCACAUCGAAACCCUAAAAGAAGCAGCUUUCGCCGAAUUCAAGGACCCUAAAGGCUCAGCCCAGCUCUCCGACACGUUGAAAUCACUCGCCCGUCGUAUGGACUCGGCUGGGUUGGUUAAAUUCAUAGUUUCGAAACGGAAAGAGUCAGUCCCGUUACGCGCGGAGAUCUCCGUCGCUUUAUCUGAAGCUGUCGACCCUCACCGGCUUGUUUUAGAAGCUUUUGAGGAUUUUGUUUCUCAAAAAAGUGGGAAAACUUUAGGGUUGACUGAUAAGAGAUGGGCAUGUGGGAUGUUGGUUCAUGCAUUGUUUCCUGAGUCGAGUUGGAAGGAGAAGAAAGGGAAAGGACCGGAGUUUUCGAGGAAUAUCGGAGAAAGAGCGGCGGAGGUUGUUGAUAGAUGGAAAGGGCAAUUGGAUGGUGAAAAAGAAGGGCUUACGCCGGGGGAAGCGGUUAUGUUUUUGCAUAUGGUGGUUGGUUUUGAAUUGAAAGAGAGGUUUGAUGAAGGGUUUUUGAGGAAAUUGGUUUUGGAUUUUUCUUCGAGGAGGGAUAUGGCUAAGCUUGCUGCUGCUUUGGGGUUCGAUGAUAAAAUGGGAGAUAUUAUUGAUGAACUAGUAAAGAACGGCAAAGAGAUCGAGGCAGUGUACUUUGCCAGAGCAGCUGGCCUUACAGAAAGAUUUCCUCCUGUUUCUCUACUCAAGUCCUAUCAGCAGAAUUCCAAAAAGAAUGCCACCACGAUAUUGAAGAAUGGAAAUUUUUCUGCAGCUGCAACGGAGGAGUCAAAAAAUGUGGAGCUGAAUUCAAUUAAAGCUAUUAUCAAAUGCGUUGAAGACCAUAAGCUUGAAUCAGAGUUUUCUACUGAUUUGUUAAGAAAGCGAGCCACGCAGCUGGAAAAAGUCAAGUCAGAUAGGAAAAAGAGUUCAGCAGCAGCUGGAAAGCCUCAGAAUAAACGAAGUCAUAGUGCUGGUAGUGCCCGAGGCAGUGGACCACCUGCUUUCCGUCCCACAAAAGCAGCUAAGUUUUCAAAUGUUUAUCCCCCUUUCAAUCGCCGAAACCCAGCUCCCUCAGCGCAGCAAAGCCCGGCUGCACGAUUUUCCGCACAGUAUAACUAUGUUGGCCAGAAUGUUUUCGAGGCUCCUACUGCUCCUUAUGCAUCAGCAUAUGGUGUGACUCACUCACAAAGUCCUGCUGCAGUUACUCAACAGCACUACGUACACCCGGUGGAAAAUUUGGGGGUUUCCAGUUUUCCAACCAGUGGUGCUUAUGGGGGUCAAACUAGUUAUGUAGCAUAUGACUAUGGCUCUGCAGCACCGUCGGUGUUCCAACCCUCUUCGAGUACCCAAUAGUCUAGACUCAGUAACCUAGUGAGUUGGAAACUUGUCGGUUUCCUCGAAAUUUGGAAGCCCAUCUUUUUCAUGUACUCCUAUCUUGUUUUCAUAACUAGUAAGUAAUCUUUUCGUAUUGGAGAUGGUUCAUAAUCCUGAAAAGAAGUAAGCUGCCUUGUGUCGUCAUGUGUUAUCAACAAUCUAAUUAGGAAAUAUUUCAUUGUUAGAGAGGAUGAAUAGAGGAAAUAUUGCAAUAAUGAAAUUGUAAUAUUUAGUAAGCUUUUAAUACAUGUUAGAUUUUUGCCCUAA